GAGUAGCCUCGGUCCAGACCAGGACCGAGCACCGGGGGGCAGUCAAUGUGCCCGCCUCCCCGGCUGGAGCCCCGCCCUGGAUUCGCCGCGGGAGGCGUCGGCCGGAGAAGAGCCGCCUGGGGGCCGGAGGGCUUCGAUUGGGGCCGGAGGUGUGGAUAAUCUUCCUGGUCCCCCUCCUUCUGCUCCUGCUGCUGGCACUGCAUCCUGGAGGGAUGGCUCUGAGGAGAGGCCCAGCCACAUUGCCCCCGGCCACUGCUAGCCCUGGGGUCCUGCUGCUGCUGCUGCUGCUACUACUCCUGGCUUAUGCUGCUCUCCCUGCAGAGGGCCUUGCCCAGAAGCAUGGCCCAGACAUCAUCGAUGAUGACAGCAAGGACAACAUCACCAUCUUCACCCGCAUCCUGGACCGCCUGCUGGACGGGUAUGACAACCGGUUGCGGCCCGGCCUGGGAGAUACAGUGACAGAGGUCAAGACAAACAUUUAUGUGACCAGUUUUGGACCUGUCUCAGACACCGACAUGGAAUACACCAUUGAUGUGUUUUUCCGGCAGUCCUGGAGAGAUGAGAGGCUCAAGUUCGAUGGCCCCAUGAAGGUCCUUCCACUGAACAAUCUGCUGGCCAGUAAGAUCUGGACCCCAGACACCUUCUUCCACAAUGGCAAGAAGUCUGUUGCGCACAACAUGACAACACCCAACAAACUCCUCCGACUGGUGGACAACGGGACCCUCCUCUACACCAUGAGGCUCACCAUUCAUGCAGAAUGCCCUAUGCACCUAGAGGACUUCCCCAUGGAUGUGCACGCGUGCCCAUUGAAGUUUGGGAGCUAUGCCUACACCAAGACAGAGGUGAUCUACACCUGGACGCUGGGGAAAGUGGAGGUGGCUGAAGGGGGGUCCCGCCUCAACCAGUAUGACCUGCUUGGACACAACGUGGGCAGAGACUCCAUUGAGUCGAGCACAGGGACCUACAUUGUGAUGACCACCUACUUCCACCUCAAGAGGAAGAUUGGCUACUUUGUGAUCCAGACGUACUUGCCCUGCAUCAUGACCGUCAUCCUCUCCCAAGUUUCCUUCUGGCUCAACCGGGAAAGUGUCCCGGCACGGACCGUCUUUGGGGUCACCACCGUCCUGACCAUGACCACAUUGAGCAUCAGCGCCAGAAACUCCUUGCCCAAAGUGGCAUAUGCGACGGCCAUGGACUGGUUCAUAGCCGUCUGUUAUGCCUUUGUCUUUUCUGCGCUGAUUGAGUUUGCUGCUGUCAACUACUUCACCAAGCGGAGCUGGGCCUGGGACGGAAAGAAGGUGCUGGAAGCCCAGGAGAUGAAGAAGAAAGAGCCAGUCACCUUGGCAAAGAAAACCAACAACACCUACAACAUUGUGGGCACAACUUAUGCCCUGAACAUCACCAAGGAGCCUGGCCUGCCCACCAUUGCCAAGAGCGCAGCCACCACCACGCCGGCCACGCCAGCCACAGUGGUAAUGCCCCCCAAGGCGCCCCGGCUGGAGGAAAAGCCCCCCGAGAACAAGAAGACCUACAAUAGUGUCAGCAAGGUAGACAAAAUGUCCCGCAUCGUCUUUCCGGUCCUGUUCGCCAUUUUUAAUAUGGUCUACUGGGCGACAUACGUCAACCGGGAGUCGGCCAUCAAGAGCACGAUCCCCAAGGAUUGAGGCCAGCUGUGCAGCCCCCUGCCCACCCUUUUGCCCGCCCUUUUGCCCGCCCGCCUGUUUGUGUGGCCCCCGGCAGGGAGAUCUGGCAGGGCCCCCUCUUCUGCCUCCUCUCUGGUGGUUCAGUAUUCCUCAUUUUAUCUUUUAUUCUGAUUGAUUUUGUUCAGCUGACUCCCUUUCUCUCUCAUACAAAUCAAACUGUGAUUUUUUUAAACAAGGAAAGAA